AUGCCUUCUGCCACAAAAGAAGCGCCCAAAGCCGAGUCUCGAUUACUGUUGAUCUCGAAUCGUCUCCCAAUUACUAUCAAGCGGUCUGCCGAUGGGAAAUAUGACUUUUCAAUGUCAUCCGGCGGACUUGUCACAGGUCUCAGUGGGCUGGCAAAAACUACCACGUUUCAAUGGUAUGGGUGGCCCGGCCUAGAGAUUCCUCAGGAUGAGAUCGAAGACGUGAGUACCAAAUUAAAAGAUGAGUUCAACGCCAUUCCCGUAUUCAUGGACGACGAAUUGGCAGACAGGCACUACAAUGGCUUCUCAAACUCCAUAAUGUGGCCCUUGUUCCACUACCAUCCGGGUGAGAUAACCUUCGACGAGUCGGCCUGGAACGCCUACACCGAGGCCAACCGCUUGUUUGCCCGUACUGUUGCAGAAGAGGUCCAGGACGGCGAUCUGAUCUGGGUCCACGACUAUCAUCUGAUGCUUCUUCCACAAAUGCUUCGGGAGGAAAUCGGCACCUCCAAAUCAAACGUGAAGAUUGGCUUUUUCCUUCACACCCCUUUCCCGUCUAGCGAAAUCUACAGAAUCCUACCCGUGCGAAAUGAAAUCCUCUUGGGCGUUCUCCACUGCGACCUGAUUGGCUUCCAUACCUACGACUAUGCCCGGCAUUUCCUCAGUAGCUGCUCGCGAAUCCUAGGUCUGACAACAACGCCAAACGGUGUAGAAUUCGAAGGCAAGGUAGUCACCGUUGGCGCCUUCCCGAUCGGUAUUGAUCCGGAAAAGUUCACAGAAGGUCUCAAGAAGGAGAAAGUCCAGAAGCGGAUACAGGUCUUGGAGGAAAAGUUCAAGGGAAUCAAGUUGAUCGUGGGAGUGGAUCGUCUUGAUUACAUCAAGGGUGUCCCACAGAAGCUCCAUGCUCUGGAAGUCUUUCUCACCGACCAUCCAGAGUGGAUUGGGAAGGUUGUGUUGGUUCAGGUGGCGGUGCCCAGCCGACAAGAUGUUGAAGAGUAUCAAAACCUGCGAGCUGUGGUCAAUGAGCUGGUCGGGCGAAUCAAUGGUAAAUUCGGGACUGUGGAAUUCAUGCCCAUACACUUUAUGCACAAAUCGGUCAACUUUGACGAACUGAUCGCCCUGUACUCCGUCUCCGAUGUAUGCCUUGUGUCGUCUACUCGAGAUGGCAUGAAUCUGGUGUCAUUUGAGUACAUUGCAACGCAGGAAAACAGACAUGGGUCCCUCAUCUUGUCCGAGUUUGCUGGUGCUGCUCAGAGUCUGAACGGUAGUAUUUUGGUGAAUCCAUGGAACACGGAAGAAUUGGCGGGCGCCAUCCAAGAAGCCGUCACAAUGAGUCCCGAACACCGUGCCAUCAAUUACACCAAAUUACACAAAUAUGUUUCCAAGUACACCAGUGCUUUUUGGGGUCAAUCAUUCGUGGCAGAAUUGACUAGAAUAUCGGCCCAAGGCGAAAAGAAACUCAAGGCGAGGCGUGCGUCGUUGAUACGGCCAGCACCACCAGCAACAACAACACAAGACUCGAUUCCUCAGACCACCGAACCCGAGAAGAUUCAGGAUGCCGAUUCGAAAUCUCCUGGUAACGCGGACGGCGUAGAUACCAAGAAGGAAGACGAUAUCCCUGAACAGGCUGAGCUAUCGCCCCGAUCAAGGACUACAUGA